UAUUGUAUAUAGAUACGAAGUUAGCACUGGUGUAUUUUGCACAUUUAAUUUUUUAUUUCUUUAUAUUUGGUAGUUAAAAGUGCUGCACCAGUUAUUGUAGUAUGCAGCUGACAACGAAUUGCCCCAUAGUAAGCAGGGGCGCACUGACCAUUUGGAAACUAGGGCACUGCCCGAGGGCCCGGGAUGCCCCCUGGUACCUUUUUCAUAGGCUUUUUUUGAGUUUGGGCAAGGACACAGGGGCCCCAUGAUCCCCUAUUGCCCAGGGG